GAGGAAAUAGAACUUAGAUCCUGAAUACAGCUGUAUUCAGAACAAAAGGGAGUGUUCUUCCCUUAUAUGUUGAUAAUUCUUUACAUUUAUAUUGAGACUUUUCUAAGGCAGUGGAGUAGAAGCACAAGAGGUAUCAAUGACAGAAGCUGGGGAUGACUGCUCUUUCUAUUUUCAUUCCACCUGUAUAAAGGGAUCAAAGUGCCGAUUCCGUCAUUGUGAAAAAGCUGUUGGCAGUGACACUGUGUGCUCAUUAUGGAGAGAGGGAAGAUGUUCCCAUCACCUUUGCAAAUUUAGACAUAUGGAAAUACAGCAAAAAUACAACAAGAUCUCAUGUUUCUGGGAAACACAGCCUUUGGGCUGCGUGAGAAUCAGUUGUGUCUUCCAUCACAAGAAACCACGUAAUAUAAAUGGACUUUUUUUGCCACCCAGUAGUGAUGCUACAUUACAAAAAGAAGUUGAGGAAGGGAUUUUACAUCUUGACCAAAAUCAAGAUUCCACAAAAGGUCAAGAAAAUACAUUAAGACCUAUUCACCCACCAUUGAUUAUUACCAUCAGUCUUGAAGAAGAUGACGAAGAAGAACAAGAAGAAAAAUAUGCAUCUUAUUUACUAUCAAAAACACCAGAAGACAUAGAAGAAGAAAGGGCAAUAAAGGAGAUGUGUUAUAAAUCUGGAGAAUAUUACAGAAUUCAGACGUCUCAGGAAAAUCACUUAACAAAAAACAAAACACUGGGGCUAGAGAAUGAAUUCUUCAAACACGUGGAAACUGGCAGAGAUUUACAGGAAGGUGAUGGUGUUGCAGUUCCAUCAAAGUUUAAUAUUAUUGAGCGCCAAUCAGAGAUAGCAUCAUCUUUUGACAGUAACUAUAUAUCUGAUCUCAGUGCUUUUGAAAAUGGAGGAGGUGAUUGUUAUUUGCCACACAGAAGUAUAUUUGUUGGUGAGAUACAAAGCAAAAUGUUCAGUGGAAAGAAAGCAUUUACUGUGCUGAAGUGUACAGAUAUUAAAGCUACAAACCAUGCGGAAAGUAUAAAGAAACAUCAUUUUAAAGGAGUCAAGAAAAAGAAAUGGCUACCUGAUGAAUCCAAAAACAUACCUAUUCCUUUGACGACAAAAGCAAUGCAUACUUCAAAUCCUAAAAGUAAAGGGAAUUCCCAACAAAAUGAUCAAAGCAAGAAUGCUGAGAAUGCUUCUUAUGUUCCUUCUCAGAGAGCCAAUGGGAGAAGCAUAUCCUUGAGUUCUGCCAUGGCUGGAAGGUCACCAAAUCUGAACUAUGGUAAAGUUGGUGUAGGCAAAGAAUCCAAGAUUAAUUUAGCUACAGACAGAUGCACUUCAGCAUGUAAUAUUCCAUCUUGGAGAAAAAGAAGCCCACAUAUUAAAGUAUAUACCAAAGUUGAAAAAACUCAUUCAGAACCUCGAAGAAAUGGAAGCAGAUAAAAUGGAAGCAAAUUUGACAGAUGAGGGGGAAAAAAAGAAUUGAUAUAUAGAAGUUAUAUAUUGCUGCUCUUAUGGUUUACCCUCAAAAGCAUAAAACAAGCUGUGAAUUCAAAUGACAUGCUCAUCAAGAAAUUAAACUGGAGAUGCAAGGUGACAAAUAUUAACACUCCUAAGUGCAGAAGUACAGAGCUGGUAAAAUGCAUUAAACUGUGUAAAUGAGG